AUGUCGGCCACGGGUCCCUGCUUCAGUCCAGGCUCUUGCGCAAUGCGCCUCCAGAACCUAGAUAGUCUCUCAUCAGUGUCAAAAUCCGCCCUCCUACGAUCAAUCGCAGACGAUAUUUCGGCCGCUUUUAUCUGCAUCUCCAAACAACUUUCUUGCGGCAGACUGAGUGCCAGACAUACAAAGCCCAUUCAUGAUUUCGUCACCAGCGUCAAGAACACUGAGCGAUUGGAACAACAAAGGCUGCAGCGAGACUUGGAGCGCUACCGUCAACGCGAACGACGGUGGAGGGCGGAGAGGAAGUGGAUGCACCGCAAAGUUGAGGGCCUGGUAAAACACUCCGAAGAAAUCCACAAACAAUGGCAGGUGCGGUUGGCGAGGGUGAAAGGCAAUUUCGAUGGCGCGAAAAGGAGGUUGGCAGCACAGAGGUGGAAAUAUGAGUUGUCCAGGUCGCAGGCGGAAAGAGAAAAGCUGUUGGGCCGAGGGACAGAUGCGACUCUGGCGGAAACUAAUCUGUAA